GCAAAAUGUGCCGAGGCUGCUCGGGAGAGGAGCGGGGGCUGCGCUGAGCCAGAGCCAUGAGCCACCAGAUCCUGCUGUUCCUGGCCGUGCUGACUCGAGGCCUGGCUACUUCCCAACACCGAGACAAGGUGCCCUGUAAGAUGGUGGGCAAGGAGGCCUUUUGCCAGGGUCUCAGCCUAUUCCAGGUCCCUUCAGGGCUCCCAUUGGACAUCGAGGCCCUCGACCUAUCUGGAAACCAGCUGAGAAAUGUCCUGGUCUCACCCUUGGGCUUUUACAUUGCCCUGCGUUAUCUGGACCUGAGCACCAAUGAGAUCAGCUUUCUGCAGCCAGGAGUUUUCCAGGCCCUGCCCCACCUGGAACACCUUAAUCUAGCUCAAAACCGCCUGGCAGUGGGCACUGCGCUGAGUGCCGGAGGUCUGGGUCCCCUGCCACACCUGAUCUCCCUGGACCUGUCUGGAAACAGCCUGUACAGUGGCCUGGUGGAGCAACUGCUGGGCGAAGCCCCCAGACUGCGUACACUCUCACUGGCGGAGAACAGCCUGACACGCCUGAGCCGUCAGACCUUCUGGGGCCUUCCUGCGCUGGAGCAGCUGGAUCUGCACAGCAACGUGCUGAUGGACAUUGAAGAUGGUGCUUUUGAGGCCCUGCCCCACCUGGUCCAGCUCAAUCUCUCCCGUAAUUCCCUCACCUGUAUCUCUGACUUCAGCCUCCAGCAGCUGCAGGUGCUUGACCUGAGCUGUAACAGUAUUGAGGCCUUUCAGACAGCCCCAGAGCCUCAGGCUAAGUACCAACUUGCCUGGCUAGACCUGCGGGAAAAUAAAUUGCUCCAUUUCCCUGACCUAGCCGCUCUCCCAAGACUCAUCUACCUGAACAUGUCCAACAACCUCAUCCGGUUCCCCACAGGGCUUCUGCAAGGCAGUGAUGCCCUCCAUGCGCCUUCUGAGGGCUGGUCAUCCUUGCCCUUCUUCAGCCCCAGCUGGAAUGCCAGCACCCAUGCCCUCUCCCAGCUCUUGAACCUGGAUUUGAGUGACAACGAAAUUGAGCACAUUCCAGACACCUUUCUUGAGCCUUUGAUCUCCCUUCGCUUUCUGAACCUCAGCGGGAACUGCCUGCGGGCCUUUGGGGCCCGGCCCAUAGGCUCUCUGCCCUGCCUGGUGCUCCUGGACUUAAGCCACAAUGUGCUGGAGGCACUAGAGCUGGGGACCAGAGCUCUAGGGUCCCUACGAACACUGCUCCUACAGGACAAUACUCUGCGGGACUUGCCACCAUACACCUUUGCCAACCUGGCCAGCCUUCAGAGGCUCAACCUGCAGGGAAACCGAGUCAUCCCCUGCGGGGGGCCAGCAGAGCCCAGCCUCCCAGGCUGUGUGGCUUUCUCUGGCAUCCCUACCCUCCGUGUUCUAAACAUGGCGGGUAACCAAAUGGAGACGCUCAGGGCAGGGGCCUUCCUCCACACUGCGCUCACUGAGCUGGACCUCUCUGCCAACCCUGGUCUCAAGGUGGCCACAGGAGCUCUGGCAGGCCUGGAGGCCUCCUUGGAGGUCCUUGAGCUGCAGGGCAAUGGGCUGACUGUUCUGCAGGUGGACCUGCCCUGCUUUAGCUGCCUCAAGAGGCUCAAUCUUGCUGAAAAUCACCUCAGCCACCUACCUGCCUGGACACAGGCUGUAUCACUGGAGGUGCUGGACCUGCGGAACAACAGCUUCAGCCUCCUACCAGGCAGCGCCAUGGGUGGCCUGGAGACCAGCCUUCGGCGCCUCUACCUGCAAGGAAAUCCGCUCAGCUGCUGCGGCAAUGGCUGGCUGGCUGCUCAGUUGCACCAGGGCCGUGUGGAUGUGGAUGCCACCCAGGACCUGAUCUGCCGCUUCGGCUCCCAGGCUGAGGUCUUAUUGAGCCAUGUACGUCCUGAGGACUGUGAGGAAGGGGGGCUCAAGAAUAUCAACCUCAUCAUCAUCCUCACCUUCACACUAGCCUUGGCUGCCAUCCUCACUACGCUGGCUGCCUAUUGCUGCAUCCGCCGGCAGAAGUUUAACCAACAGUACAAAGCCUAAGGAAGCCAGGAGAUCCUUCCAGGUCUGUGCAGAAACUGGAGCCACAGAGGAAUGGGAACUGGCCACAGAGUGAGCCAGAGUCCCAGAACUCUGGCCUCUAAAUCCCAGGCCAGGGCUCCUUUGUCUGCAUUUUGCUGCAUCAGUAGGUGGCCCACUUCCCGGGCUGCACAUCUAGUCCAGCUGUGGAAGCCGGAAGUUGAGUAAGCUCAGGGGCCCCAAAUCAACAGAGCUUCACAGAGCAUCUGUCCCCUUGCUGGGGACACUACCAAAUGAAAUGCAUGCCUGUCCUCGGGUAGGGGAGGUUGUCGCAGUGCCGGGCAGUGACCACAGUGUGAUGGGGUUGAGAUAGAAAAGCCUGGGGUGCCACUGCUUUGUAGCCCCACAGAUAAGGUGUGGAGAGUCCUGCUCUGGCUGUGCCAGGAAAAGGCAGGACCAAGCCCAAGAGGAUUUGUCUGAAACAUUUUCAAGCAGACUGUUUUGUCACAUCUUCUCAUAAUGACUUUCAGCCUCUCUGGAAAAUGGAGAGCUUGUGACCAGAAGAGAGAGCCAGAAUGUCACGAGUGUGUCUUGGAUCCGGUGCUGUUUGGCAGGCCACAGUAGCUCCAGCAGGACCUGGUUAAGAGGUGAUCACCCUGGGUUCCCAUCCAGUGGUGGACCAUUCUGCUUCCUGCUGUGGACAGGACCUUUCCCUCCCUGGCACUCUCAUGUUGCACACACCGACCCCAGUACUGCCUGAACCCCACUUCCUGCCCAGGCUCCUCUCUCCAUCCAGCCCCACCCCAGCUACUGAGCCAUGGGCUACAACCAUAGGUAUCUAGUUCUAGUUUGAACUCAGCUUAGCAGCUGCAGAUGCAAAUCCAAGCCUCUGUGUGACAAAUCUUGGACCUUGGCAUUUUACCCCUAUUUUGUAAAGAAGGAACACAGAGCUCCAGAAGUCUCCUUCCAGGGUCCCACAGCUAAAAUGCCAUAGCUGAGAUUCAGACCCACAUCCUCCUGUCUCCAGGUCUGAGUUUGCUGCUGACUGGGGCCACAAGCUGUUAAGUAGACAAGAAGUGGCCUCAUUUCACCUGGCCAGGGCCCGAGCUUCCUGGGCCAUGCACACCCACUUUCUCCUCUCCAGGCAAUUGCAGGCCCUCUACCCUUCCUCAGCCUCAGUUUCUCUCAUUCUUUCCUUUGUGGACUGGUGUGUGUCCUCCUUUUUCUCUUUACCUCCUGCAUUCUCUCAUUCUAUCUCCCUCCACUGAGCAGUCUGGAGUUUGAGAUCAUUAAGUCCAACCUCCCCUUUGCACAAAUAGGGAAACUGAGGCUUAGGAAAGAAUAGGAACCGCUUACAGCUGCUCAACUCAAUGGCAGAGCCGGUGGAGGUAAAAAUAGAUUUCGACCUCAAUGGGAUGAGAUUGAGUGUAGGCCUUCUCUCAACUGCCAUGUGGCAAGGCAAUGCUGCUCCAGACUUUCAUUUUGUUCCUCAUGAUGCCGGGAUUUUUUGACUCCUAGGAAAAUAGGUAGAAAGACCCACUCAGAUAAAUCCUUCUCACUCAUACCAUAGGGUCAUGAGCCUUGUGGGAAGAAAGGAAACUCUGGACCUGGCAAAGACCCCCUGUUAUUGUGCUCAGCCUCUUGCCCAUGCUUGGCCCAUGGGCAUUUGGUAAAGUGCAAAAAAAAUGAAAAUGCAGUUUUCUCUACCCCACUUUACAGAUGAGAAAAACUGAGACCCUGAGAGGAUUAAGGGCUCACAGAGCUGAUGGUCAGAGGCAGGGCAAGAACUCUCCCCUGGACCCUGAUGGUAUGAAGGCAUCCAGGUGGCUCAGUCCUGGCUGAUCACAGGUGCUACUGUAUACAACAGUCUUCCUCAGGCCCCGAGCCAAAGUGCUGACCCCUGUGCUUGAUCUAUGAAAACACUACACCAUGCUGCUGUCACCUCGCAGGUCUUGGAACCAGCUCUUUGUAUAACCCACAUGAAUGUAUUAAAGUCUAAUUUUGGAGAAACAGUGUGUCCACCAGCCUCUUCCUUGUCAGGAGUUGGCUUGAACCCUGACUUCUACCACUUCCUGUAGGGUCUUUCAUCCUCAUGACGAGUGUCUGAAGGACACUGAGGCUCAAGGCCAUCAGCACCUUGAACCUUUGAGUCUCAGCCUCCAUCAUGGCCAUGCACAGCCCUGCUUCCCUCCCCAACACUGAGGGACUGGUGACUUCUCUUCAUUACCUGCCUUCUGCCACUACACAUAUGUCUCCUCCCUUUCUCUGUGGUCACUCCGCUCUGCCCCUUCUCAGGGGGCUGAAGUCCUGCCCAUCUUAAAAAUAACAAAAAGACCCUUGUGCCCUUCCUCGUCCUGUUCUUCACAGGUAAACUUCCCUACCCCUCCCAAGCUGCCCUUGCUAAGGUCUCCACCGUCUCCUUUUCCAAGCUCAGGGGGCUUUUCAGACCUCAUCUCUUUGACCCUUGAGCAGCAGGGCUCCUUGCCUGUGACCUCCCUGAUAUCUGUGACCUCACCUAUGAAGCUGUCUCCUCCCUCCCAGGCCAUCGUUUUCUGACCUCUCCACGUGCUCAUCUUUCUGGAGCCAUUUCUAAAUCAUGACCUCUAGGACUUGGUCCUAGCUGUAGCCACCCCAUUGCUCCAACU